AUGGAUCCAAGUUUGAAGGAAGCAGCUGAAACAGAAAACAUUGAUGCCUUGCACCUUCUAAUUCGAGAUGAUCCCUACAUCUUGGAACGCCUCGACCAAGUUCCUUUCGUCGAGACUCCACUUCAUGUAGCAGCAGGCAAACUUCAUGUAGCAGCAGACAAUCGGCGCUUUCGUUUUGCGAUGGAGAUGAUGAGCUUGAAGCCUUUGUUUACCGAGAAGCUAAACCCAAAUGGGUUUAGUCCCAUGCACUUGGCGCUGAGAACAGAGCAGGCUAAGCUAGUGCUUCGACUGUUGAAGACCGAUAAAGAUCUGAGCUUCUUUCUUGAUGCUUGCCCUGGAUGCAUCGAAGACGAGACUGCGUUACAUCUUGCUUUGAAAGAAGACCAGAUCGAAGCUUUUACCCUCCUAAUUGGAUGGCUUCAAAGGACCCGCCGGACUCAACGUAGUGUCUUGUCCUUUGAGAAAAAAUUGGCGAAUUGGAAAGACGACGAUGGCAACACUCUGUUGCACUUUGCGGCUAAGAGCGGAAAACAUUGGGCGCUAAAACUGUUGUUAGAUUCCCAACUUUGGUUACACGUAAAUGCUAAGGAUUCGAGUGGUUUGACGGCUCUUGACAUCAUACAAGGUACUAACAAACGAGACAAGGACGAAGAAAACAGAAACAGGAGUGACGAAGUCAAUACCAAGAUUAACCAGUUGAAAGGUAAAGUUACUUUGGAAAGAAUAAAAGUGCUGGCAGAUCGUACGAGGCACAGCAUGUCCGUGGACAUGAUCAACACGAUGCUGGUGAUUAUGGCUCUGGUUAUCACAGCAAUCUACCAAUCGCCGUUAAGUCCACCAGGUAGUAUUUGGCAAGACAAUGGUGACGACAAUGCCAGGGCCCCGGCUCGGCUAUGGCCCCCUCGAACAUCCCUAGCACGGGUUCACGGAUCUUGUAACCGUAUUCCUCCUCUCAAGUUUUCAUCUUUUCCUGCUCCUUGCCAUCCCGCUUUACAUGAUGGUCAUCUGCUACUUCUGCUCCAUGAUAAUCUUUGCACCAACCUAUACUUGAGCAUACGUCAGCCUUUUCUUCUUAGUUCUGUUUGGAUUAUUCCCAUUCUUGCUCUUCUUCGGGUUGCUUAUGUUUAG